GUAUCAAUUGCCUCGUGGCAGUCUUUCCAGGAUAUCACUUCAUUCGCCCUCAUCCUCUUCAUCCCCUCCGAGUCCAAUAUCACACUCACCUCUGGAUUCUAUGAUGCUGCUUCAAUCAUGCUCCCUAUGUCUUCUCUUCAUUGGCAUCCUGCUCAGUACCACCUCUGUUAUUGGCCGUCGCAUCGCCAAUGAUGUCAGGACUGGAUAUUACCGUGAAUCCAGAGCAAAUGACCCCCUAACUAGUGGAUGGCUGCGAAAAGUCCAAAUACGCGACCAAGACAUCAAAUGCAUCUGUUUCGGAAUUGAAAACGCCAACUGCUUUGGUCUUCGGCCCCGGGCGGAAAACGAUAUUACUAGCAUGCGAGUUUUGCAUGUCACUGACCUUAAAAUGCGGCCGUCUCGACCAUCCAGGCCCGAUUCAAUUUAUUUUACCGCAGAGAAGACGCUCUCACUCAACUGGAGCGUACUCAGAAAGUGGAAGCUUGAGGGAUACGCCACAGUCUGGGAUCUCUUGCAGGACAUUAAUAAAGUCCAGGAAGAAAUGAGGACUCCGGAUUUCCAGGUUGACAGUCAAGAAUCUUAUAUCGAGCUUGUAAAAAGCUAUCUGAUAAAGGUAGGCAUCAUUGUCGAAAAAUCCCAAUAGUUCGGGAAAUCGGUGGAAAUGCGUCGACGUCGAGUAUCCUGAUAUAUGUAGAUAUGCC